ACUUCUCUCCCCGGGCAGCCCGGUCAGCCUGCCCGAAACACCUCCCCACCUUUCCCUCUAUAAAUCCCCUCCACUCUCUCGUAGCUCUCUACGGAAUUCUUGCAAACAUCUAGCGAUCCCCAUUACUCUCCCUGUUCGCUUUGUCAAUUCUUCUUCUCCGAUCCCAAUGGAGGCUGGUCUGAAGCUGAGGUUCUUCGCCGUGGCCAUGCUGGCCGUCGUGAUGGCCUCCUCCCUCGUGGAGAAGGCGGCCGCCGCCGACGCCCCAGCCCCCAGCCCCACCUCCGGCGCCUCCGUCGCCGCCCCCGCCGCCGCCCUCGCCUCCCUCGCCACCCUCGCCUUCGGUUACCUCUUCUGUUGAACGAAGAGAGCGUCGUCUUCGGAUGCAGAUGCCUCUCUUCUGCUGUAAUUUGUUCAUCUAAUUUUGUUUCGUGACGGUUGGUUGGGUUUCAUUUCGGGGUGGUGUGGUUGGGUGGAGAAGGACGAUUGAUCCGGUGAGGGAUGUAAUGUACGUGUGUGGGUGUUUGUAUAUGUAUAUGUAUGUAUGUGGUGGCUCUGUGCAUUGUAUCAUGGUGUGGAUGGUUAUGUGAUUUAUUUCAUUCAUUUGAGUUAGAGAAAUAAAACGGUGUAUUUUGCUAGCAUUGUUGUUGGCGUGAUCAAAAA